AUGCUGAGUAACAGCCGGCGAAUCAUUUCCUUCGGCUUAUUUUCAAAUCUCAUUAUAUCUUGCAGAUCAAGAGACCAAGUAACGACAUCAGUAUUAGCAGCACUUACAUUAACAGCACCAGCAACAGCUCCACCAGCGACAACAGCAGCAGCUGCACUCGGAGUUGCAUCGGCACCAGCGCCAAAUGUGGCACCAACAGCAGCAUCAGCAACAGCACCCAUAGCAGUACUAGCAUCAGCAACAGCACCAGUGAUAGCUCCACCAUCAUCAACACUAGCAGCAGCAGCUGCACCCGGAGUAGCAUCAGCACUAGCACCAACAGCAUCAGUAACAGCACCAACAGCAGCACCCGUAGCAGCAACAGCACCAGCGACAGCUCCACCAUCAUCAAUUUCAGCUACAGCAACUGCACCCGGAGUAGCGCUAGCAUCAGCAGAAUCAGCAACAACACCAGCACCUGGAUUUGCAUCAGCACCAGCACCAAACAUGGUACCAAGAGCAGCAUCAGCAACAGCACCGGCAGCAGUACCCGUAGCAGCACUAGCAUCAGCAACAGCACCAGCGACCGCUUCACCAUCAUCAAUACCAGCAGCAGCAGCUGCACCCGGAGUAGCACCAGCACUAGCACCAACAGCAUCAGUAACAGCACCAACAGCAGUACCCGUAGCAGCAACAGCACCAACGACAGCUACAGCAGCUGCACUCGGAGUAGCAUCUGCACCAGCGUCAGCAACAGCACCAGCGACAACUCUACCAGUAGCAGCAGCACCAGCGCCGAACGUGACACCCACAACAGCACCUGUACCCGUACCAGCAUCAGCGACUCCAGCAUCAACAGUACUAUCAAUGCUAGCACCAACAGUUGAACCAAUACUAUCACUAUUACAAGUACUGGUAACAUUCCCAUAA